GCGCGCGCACACACACACGCACACACGGAGCACUUGCUUUACUGCGAAAUUACAGACAGAAUUCGUCGCAGAGAGAAAGGAACACCGUUCUUUUCCCCCUAUAUACGCUUUUCUUCGCAAAAGAAGCCUCCCAUCGCAUCCCACCAUCAGCGCUUACAGGGUUCUCAAGCUAUGUCCAGUUGACAGGCUUUUAAAGAUGGCACAAUAACAGUUCCAGUGAUGCCUGACCAUGAUAGCACAGCCCUCAUAAGUAGACAAACCAAGAAAAGGAGAGUCGACAUUGGAGUGAAAAGGACUGUGGGGACAACAUCUGUGGCUUUUGCCCAAUCCAAAAUAAUCAGUGCCAGUUUCAGUGCCAUGAAUACCCACGGUUCUGAGCAAGACGUUGAGUGCUCGGUUGUGCAGCACACAGAUAGCGAAAAGUCCAACGUGCUCCGCAAGUUGCUGAAGAGAGCCAACUCCUAUGAAGAUGCUAUGAUGCCCUUUCCUGGAGCCACCAUCAUCUCCCAGCUGCUAAAAAACAAUUUAACCAAAAACGGAGUCAGCGAGCCAGGCUUCCAGAGCAGUGGCCUAUCCAGCACUGGCUCAGAGAUCCACCAGGAGGAUGCCUGUAGCACAUCUUCAAGGGGAAGUCCCCAGGAAUGCCUAUCCCCCUUCAACAGGCCCCCCAUGACUCAGUUCGACCUUGAUCGGCUGACAGACGAGCACCUUAGAGCGAAACGGGCACGAGUGGAGAACAUAAUUCGUGGAAUGAGCCACUCUCCCAGUGUUGCACUCCGUGCUGGAGAGAAUGACCGUGAGGCACCUCAACCUCCAAGCCCUCGUGAUGGCUACCGAGAAAACAAGCGCAAGCAAAAACUUCCCCAGCAGAGUUUCCAGCAGCUGGUCUCGGCUCGCAAAGAGCUGAAACACGAGGAACGGCGGCAACUCAAACUGCAGCUAGAGGACAUGCAGAAACAGCUCAGGCAGCUGCAGGAAAAGUUCUACCAGAUUUAUGACAGCACAGACUCUGAGAACGACGAAGACCUGGGGAACCUGUCAGAAGAUAGUCUGCGUUCUGAUGGAAUGGACAAUCGCAUCCCUGAUUCUGCUCCGGACCGCUCGGACAAUGAGAUGUCUGACCUGGAUCCGGGGCACUUUCUGGACCGAGCGCGAGCCCUCAUUCGUGAGCAGAGUAUGGCAACUGAAGGAGAUAAACCCAAGCGGGAGGGCUCCCGGGGAAAGGGCCUGACGUCCAUGCACUCAGAACGAAAGCAGCUAGCAGAGACACUGAAACAAGAGCUGAACACUGCCAUGUCACAGGUUGUAGACACAGUGGUAAAAAUUUUUACGAAGCCCCCACGCCCCCUUCCUCAGGUUUUCCCACCAGUGCAGACGCCUCCAGACCGCUUUUCAGUCAAUGGUAGUGAGAAUCCAAACUUUCACACCACAUCCAACCAGCGUUUGCAGUGUUUUGGUGACGUCAUUAUUCCUAAUCCACUCGACUCUUUUGGCAACUUGCAAGUGCCCAACUCAAACGACCAAACAGAGGCCCUGCCUUUAGUGGUGAAGAAGAACUCUGCAGACCAGUCUGUAUCACUUCCCACACCUGGUGGUCACCACCACCACCACCCUGUUCUGCACCCAUCAUCGUUAUCAACAACUAUGGGCUUCAGCCCUCCAUCAUUCCGCCAUUCCUUCCCUCUUCCUCUCAUGGGUUACCCUUUCCAGAGUCCUUUAGGUGCACCCACUGGGCCAUAUCCAGGUAAAGACAGAUCUUCCCCUGAAUCUAUGGACCUGUCCAGAGAGACCACCAGCCUACGGACCAAGAUGUCAUCCAGCCACCUCAGUCACCAUCGUUCCAUUUCGCCGAUGCACCCGGGGAACCCUGAAGGCCUUUCUUUAUCGCUCAUCAAGUCAGAAUGCGGUGACCUUCAAGACAUGUCUGACAUCUCUCCAUAUUCAGGAAGUACAAUCCAAGAAGGACUCUCUCCUAACCACUUGAAGAAAGCCAAGCUGAUGUUCUUCUACACACGCUACCCCAGCUCCAACAUGCUGAAAAUGUUCUUCUCCGAUGUAAAGUUCAACCGCUGCAUUACGUCUCAGCUGAUCAAGUGGUUUAGUAACUUCCGCGAGUUCUACUACAUUCAGAUGGAAAAGUUUGCCCGGCAGGCCAUCAACGACGGAGUGGCCGGAUCCGAGGAACUGACGGUCAGUCGAGACUGUGAGCUCUAUCGAGCCCUCAACAUGCACUACAACAAGGCCAACGACUUUGAGGUUCCGGAGCGAUUCCUGGAAGUGGCGCAGAUCACAUUACAGGAGUUUUUCAAUGCCAUUGUGGCAGGCAAAGAUGUUGAUCCUUCCUGGAAGAAGGCCAUAUACAAGGUCAUCUGCAAGCUGGACAGUGAGGUCCCAGAGAUUUUCAAAUCUCCCAAUUGCCUGCAGGAGCUUCUGCAUGAGUAGUAAUUGGUAUCGCCUGCUGUUUACCAUCCUUUCCUCCCCUGGGACCUUUAACACAGAAAAGGUAGCAUUCUGUUCUGUUUGGAAGCCCCGGCUACUGUUAGCUGUUAAUUGUUUGUGCUGUUUCUUUUUUUGGUUCAUAAGUUUAUAUAAUCUCUUAAUAAACUGUGUUUAAUCUUAACUCGGCCCUUUCCCCCCUCCAUGCCUUUAAGUGGGCAUUAUGUUUACCACGAGAUGGUAAUCAAAAUCAAAGUAAUCAAAAUCUUUUUUUGGUUGUUCUGUUUUUGGAGGGAAUUUGUUUUUUUUGUUUUGUUUUUUUCACGCCAGGAUAAAUUGCAAUGUGUGAUUCUAAACAAAAUGUUUCUAAAUAAAAUGUAAAAAAAAACAUUUUAGCUUGUAUAGAUGUAAUUAUUAUUUAUGUUUAAUAUCAAUAUGAUCAUAAUGACCAUUUUAAUGUUAUUAAUGCUUGCAGAAAGAGUCAUGGUAUUCUUGUUUCUCAUGAUGAUGCUACAGAAAAUAAAUUAUUGUUUGAAGGAAAAA